UUUUUUUUUUUUCGUAUAAACUUAUUCAAGGCAAUCAUCGUUCACAUUUGCGCUGCAGUCUUGAAUUCCCUCGCGCAACGCGACUCGAAACAUCCAGGAAGCAGAUCUCAAUCUCAUCUCGGGCAGAUUGAUAUAGAGUACAUAGUCCUUUCAUCCUCUGGUUCCGAACCCUGGUACAUACCAUGUGGGACAGACCGGAAGAGAUCAACCUCAUCACGCUCAACUGCUGGGGCCUCAAAUACGUCUCCAAGCUCCGCCGCGAACGCCUGGCAGAGAUUGGCCGUCAGAUUUCGAUUGCGAGCCCGCAGCCGCACAUCGUCGCGCUGCAGGAAUGCUGGACCCAGGAGGACUACCGGAGCAUCCGCCGCCAAACCCGCUUCAUCCUGCCCUAUGGCAAGUUCUACCACAGCGCCGUCCUCGGCGGCGGCCUGGCCAUCCUCUCGCGCUGGCCCAUCGAGGAGAGCACCAUGUACCGCUACCCCUUGAACGGCCGCCCGACUGCCUUCUGGCGCGGCGACUGGUACGUCGGCAAGGGCGUCGCCUGCGCAAAGAUCCGCUACGGCCCCGGUCCGAAGCAGGUCGUCGAGGUCUUCAACACCCACACGCACGCCCCUUACGAGGCCGGGAAGCCAGACGACUCGUACCUCUGCCACCGCACCGCCCAGUCGUGGGAGAUUGCCAAGCUGCUCCGCGGCGCUGCCGAGCGCGGCCACCUCGUGCUUGCCAUGGGCGACUUCAACAUGAUCCCCAUGUCGCCCGAGUACCAGCUCAUCACCGGCCUGGCUCCCGUUAGCGAUGUCUGGCGCGUGCUGCACCCGGACAGCUCGGUGGGUCCCGCUUACCACCCUGCCGAGGAGGCCCGCCGUCGUCCGAUCCCCACCGCCGAGUUCAACAUCCUGGAGAACGGUGCUACCUCCGAUGGGCCCUACAACACCUGGCGCUGGACCAAGGCCCAACAGAAGCUUCUGGGGCCGGGCAAGGACCCCGUCACAGUGCCUCCGGACACUCCUGAUCCUCUCGGUAAGAGGCUGGAUUACAUAUUCGCCAGCUCGGGGGAUGUCCUCGCACUCGGUGGCGCCUGGGUGGUCAAGCGAGCAAGUGUCGGCAUGAUGAUGCGGCAUCCCGAGCUGGGCUGCUCCCUCAGCGACCAUUUCGCCGUCGAGGCCACCCUCGCCUUCCACCCGUCUCGACAAGCCUCCACGUCCCCAUCUCCGCCACCUCCACUCCCUGAACCCGGCUCCAACGACAACACCGUCUCCAACGGCGGAUCUACCCUUGGCGCAGCAACAGCAGCAGCAGCAGCAGGAGCAGGAGCAGGAGCAGGAGUAGGCGGCAUCCCGAAACCGCCUGACGAACCCACGCCGCCUACGAGCCCGGAAGAGGCAGCCCGAAAAGCCGACUCGGCCCUCCACAACGGCGCCUACCUGCAACUGCACUCGCCGGCACCGAGCCUGCACAACUCCAUCACCACCGCCACCGGGCCCGCCGCCACCGCCGCGGCCGACGCGACGGAACAGCAGCACCCGCCCUCUUCUUCCUUGCCCCCCGCAGCCUACGACGCCAUCCUGGCCCUGAUAGCGUCCUACACGGCCCGCUCCCGCGGCCAGCGGACCUGGCGCGCCCGGCACUUCUUCCUCUCCCUGCUCGUCACCGUCGCCUGCCUCGUCGGCGUCUGGUUCACCCCGUCGGGCAAGACCUACGUCGCUUUCAUCCUGACGCUGGUGGCCGCCCUGGGCCUGGUGGCCGGCACCGUGGACGGGCUGAUGGCGCUGCUCUUCUUUGGCAGCGAGCUUAAGGCGCUGCGCGAGUUCGAGUGGGAGGUGAGAAACGCGCGGAAGAGGGCCCUCCUGGAGGCGCGCCGCGACGAAGACGGUGGCGGUGGCGGGGAAGCAGCCGACGACGCGGGUGAGGAGGAGUGGUAAAGUCGGUGAGGACGUCGUAUUUUUUUUCUUUUUUAUUUUCCCUCUCUCUUUCUCUUCUAUACCUCUAACUGUGGCUUUCUGGUGUGUACUUUAAGUGGCAGACAACUCGGUGAUUUAUCCAGCAGUCAAUUCUCAAAGAGUGUUGGCU